GCCUAAUACUACUAUCUGUUGUCAUAAGAUGCAUAACACCAGAGUCUGCCAGAUGGCAUUUAUCUAUAGGACAAGUAGAAGCUGCAACAAAAGUGACCAGAAUAAUGGCAAGAAUCAAUGGACGACAACUUCCAGAGAACUACAAGCAGAUGAUUCAAAGUGUUGCAGAGGAGGAAUGCAAACACAAGGGAGGAAAAAAGGCUACCAUCAUUGACCUAUUUAAGACACCUAGAUUGAGACGAAAUACAUGCAUUGUCUACUCAAUAUGGUUUGCUUGUGUUUUCGCAAACUAUGCAGUACGACUGAACAUAGGAACACUCAUUCCCGGGAAUAUCUAC